CGUUCAUGGACAACGGCGUUCUGUAUAGUUAUUAUUUUUUUUUCAAAUCUUUGUCAUAAAGGUAUAAACAGUAUUAGUUACAUUAGAUGUAAGUGGUGAUUGAGAAAGUGACAAAAUGGCGCUGUCUCUAAUGAGACUUGGAUUUCGUUCAGCUGCAUCGAAACUAGAAAGAUCAGCGGCUAUUCUUUCAAAUACCAGUGUCCAGAAAAUGAUUCACACAAAAGUAACGUGCAACGGUAAGGUAUGCUAUUUGCAAACUUUCCAAGAACAACGCGAUAUCGACAUAUCGGAAUACGCUGGGGCUUUAAGACGGAACUACAGCAAACAGCACGGCAGGCCCGAAGAAAACAGGAGGAAAAAUGAAUCCGAUAGCGAAAGCGAUUCCGACUGUGAUACAGAAUGCAAGGGUUUCGAUCGAUCGGAAUUUUGGCGGCGGAAAAUGCGUACAGUACACAACAUCCUCGACGUAGACAAGGAUGGAUUGAUCUCAUUUAAUGAUUUCUUGCUCUUCGCGGAGCGUUUCAAGUCCUUAGGACAUCUAGAUGACCAGCAAGCGAAUGAAUUUAUAUCGAUUAUUAAGUUAACAUGGGAAGAACAAUGGGGAGCCAUAGAUCCCUACAACUACGUAACAGUGGAGCAGUAUCUAGAAGAUAUGCACCACGUGCUCAAUGACAAGACUUUGAAGAAGAAGGCCCACCGAUGGCUACCUUAUUUGUUUAAGGCAGUUGAUAAGGACAAGUCCGGAUUCAUCUCCGUGAAGGAGUUCAAGUUGUUCUUCCAAUGUCUCGGCCUCAGCAACGAGCACGCAGCUGUCGCCUUCGCCGUCAUCGACGUCAAUGGGGAUGGUAAAUUGUCGCUAAAAGAAUUCGUUAAACUUGGUAAGGAUUUCUUCAUAACCGAAGACGAAUCGCGCGUCUCCAAGAUGUUCUGGGGUCCACUCAUUAAUGUUUAAUUAACUAAGACAAUCGAAUAUUAUAUUGAAAAAUUGCGACACACCAUAUCACCUUGGUUCCAGUUAGUACGUACGUCUGUGAGUUUCGAAGCGUUGUUGUUGCUUUUUUUUAUGCAUUUUGAUCUUUAAAAAUUGGCCGAAAGUCAUCGUUAUUAAGUCAAAAAAUAACAGUUCGAAAUUCUUUUCGCUAAUUUAGACCGAUAUGGCGUGUUUUUUUUAUAAUUAUCGUUAUAUUUUUGGUACACAUUAAAAUGAUUUACCACAUAUGUAAAUGUUUGAUGGUUUCUUUAAAAAAAUAAAUUUUAUGAAAAUCUGUUACACUUCGAAAUGUUAAUGAGUUUUGUCAAAUAUUUUAUCUGGUACAUAUUGUCUUUAAUAACACGAUGUCUGAGAAAUAUUAGUUUUGUUUGGUCGCAUUUUUCAAUAAAAUCUUCACAGUAUAAUUCUCGUAAGUGACAAUUAAUAUUAAGAUGACAAAAACUUAUGUUUGCAGUUAGUUUUUAUUUUAGCUUUAGAUGGAAUAACAUGACUUAAAAUAAAAAUAUAUAUACCGUUGUAGAAGCAGGUUUGUUAUAAAUUUUUGGUAAUUACAAAUGAAUAAUUUGUAAAGAAACGGUAAAUUUACUGCGACUAUGGUAAAAUUGAAAUCGUUUUAUUAAAAAAACAAAGUCAUGUUGUUAAUGCAUUUAAUCGCAAUGACUGAAUAAUAUUCAAAUGAACACUUUAUGUAUAUUUUUUUAAAUGUUGAUAACUGUCCGUUGACAGUACAAUUUCUUAUGGUGUGUCAAGUUGGUAAUUUUUGGGUAUGCAACUGUUUUCACAUCCUUAGCAUAUUAAAAUACAGUAUUCUUAAUUUUUCGUAGCAUUUCGUAACAUUUGCAAAAUAAAAUGUUUUCGAGCAAAACUAGCAGCCGUAAUUUAUAUAUAAAUUCGUAUGAGCUUAAUAAUUGUUCUAUUAAAAUACUUACUUGAUUGAUUGAAUGUUAUUACUGUAAACAUUUGUAAAAACAUGGCAUUGACAGAUAAUAUGUACACCGGAAGAUUGUAGUUCCAUAUUUAAAUGCAUUAUGAAAUAUUUUUUAUCAACAAACAAUUUACUACGUUUUCAUUCGAAUAAUAAUACUCAUGAAUAUGAGUAAAUUUGUAAGUUAUUUUAAAUAUUGAAUUGAAUAAACAAUGUAAAAAAUAAACAAAAAAAUUAUAAAAAGAGUUAUCAAAAGAAUCUCAAUAAAGGGUAUUCGAAUGUA